AUGACUUUUACGAGAGACACAAAUAUUCCAUUUUCAAGGGAUUCACUUGAACAAUUGUUGAAAAGAAGAUUCUUUUACGCACCAUCAUUUGAAAUCUAUGGUGGUGUAGCAGGUCUUUUUGACUUUGGUCCUCCAGGAUGUGCUUUCCAAAAUAACAUUAUUGAUGUAUGGAGAAAACACUUCAUUUUGGAAGAAGAGAUGUUGGAAGUUGAGGCCACUAUGUUGACUCCGCAUGAUGUGUUCAAAACAUCUGGUCACGUUGAUAGAUUUACCGAUUGGAUGUGUAAAGACUUGAAAACUGGUGAGAUUUUUAGAGCUGACCACUUGGUUGAGGAAGUUUUGGAGUCAAGAUUGAAAGGAGACAAAUUGGCAAGAGGUGAAACAAUUAAGGAAGAAGAAGAAGACGAGGAUAAGAAAAAGAGAAAGAAGAAAGUUAAGGAGAUAAAAAAUGUUAAAUUGGAUGACGAAGUCGUUAAAGAGUACGAAAACAUUUUGGCUCAAAUCGAUGGUUAUUCAGGAGAACAAUUGGGUGAAUUGAUUACUAAAUACAACAUUACAAACCCAACUACCGGUGGUAAAUUAGAACCCCCUAUCGAAUUCAACUUGAUGUUUGACACUGCUAUUGGACCAUCUGGUAACUUGAAGGCAUAUUUGAGACCAGAGACUGCCCAAGGUCAAUUCCUUAACUUUAGCAAGUUGUUGGAGUUCAACAAUGAGAAAAUGCCAUUUGCCUCUGCAUCUAUUGGAAAAUCUUUCCGUAAUGAGAUUGCACCAAGAGCAGGAUUGUUGCGUGUUCGUGAGUUCUUGAUGGCUGAAAUUGAACAUUUUGUUGAUCCAGAAAACAAGUCCCACCCCAAGUUCCAAGAUGUAAAAGAUGUCAAGUUGAGAUUUUUACCCAAGGAUGUGCAAGAAGCAGGUUCUAGUGAGUUAAUCGAAAAAACUGUUGGCGAAGCAGUUGCUUCUGGAAUGGUUGACAACGAGACCUUGGGUUAUUUCAUAGCCAGAAUCUAUGCGUUCUUGGUGAAAAUUGGUACCGACCCAAGCAGAUUGAGAUUUAGACAACACAUGUCAAACGAGAUGGCACAUUAUGCUUCAGACUGUUGGGAUGCCGAAUUGCAAACCUCCUAUGGAUGGAUCGAGUGUGUUGGUUGUGCAGACAGAUCUGCAUAUGAUUUGUCAGUUCAUGCUGCUCGUACUGGUGAAAAAUUAGUUGCCAGACAGAUGUUGAGUGAGCCACGUACUGUUGAAGAGUAUGAAAUUGAGCUUCAAAAGAAAAAAUUUGGACCUAAAUUUAGAAAAGAUGCUGGAACAGUUGAGAAAUGGCUUACUUCAAGAACUCAAUGUGAGCUCGAAGACUUGAGUAAAGAGUUGCAAGAGAAUGGCAAAAUAACUGCUUCAAUUAAAGGGGUUGAAGGAACUGUGGAAUUGGACUCUGACCUCAUCAAGAUUGCCAAGGUCAAGAGAACUGAGCAUGUUAGGGAAUAUAUUCCAAAUGUUAUCGAGCCUUCUUUUGGUAUUGGACGUAUCUUAUACUCCGUCUUUGAACACCAAUACUGGGCUAGAAAAGAUGAAGCAGAAAGAGGUGUCUUGUCGUUGCCACCUCUUGUUGCCCCCACCAAGGUGCUUAUCGUGCCACUUUCCAAUAGCGCUGAGUUGCAACCAAUGGUGAAGAAAGUGUCCACCAUUUUAAAGAAGGAGAAAAUCCCAUUCAAGAUUGAUGAUUCAGGUGCUUCGAUUGGUAAGAGAUACGCUAGAAAUGAUGAGUUGGGUACUCCAUUUGGUAUUACAAUUGAUUUUGAAUCUGUUCAAGAUGAAUCUGUUACAUUAAGAGAAAGAGAUUCAACAAAACAAGUAAGAGGUUCUAUACAGGCUGUUGUCGAUGCCAUUAAAGACAUCACAUACUCAGAUGGUAACUGGAAAGAAGGUACCGCACACCUUGCAGCAUUCAACUCGGAAUAA